CUCCCCCCCGACCUCAGAUCCGUACAAAGUAUCCGGCUUCCAAAGGGCUGGAAGGCCUUGAACGAGUCCAAGCACGGUCUUGCGACGACGGACCCAAAGAACCCGGCGACGCAAAAGCGACGACUCGCCAAUCAAAACGGGGCAGUUAUUUUGCUCAAGCCACCGGGAGGACAAUUAUACGCCACCGGGCGGUAACCACACCCCGAGGCGGAGGAGCCUGGGUGUGAGAAAGGGUAGAACUGAUCAAGCUCAUUCUCCGUUCUUCUUAAAUAAUAGAAAGAGAAAAAAUCGCAAGGUUUCUCCCCUUCCUCUCCGACCCCGCUCAACGGCCGAACCCACGGCCAGCGACGCUUUUUCCCUCCCUCUCCCUCGAUCGAUCUCUUCCUUUCAUCUUUCUAGAUCUAUAUCUCUCUAUGAUUUCAUUGAAAUCUGGUAGAUCUGUGAUCGUGGCGAGGAAUUAGGGAUUUCGGCCCCUCGAUUGGUUGUAUUGUUGCUGUCUUUAUUGUUGUUUUUUUGAUUGGAUGGCUGCUCCACCUGCUAGGGCUCGGGCGGAUUACGAUUACCUCAUAAAGCUUCUCCUGAUCGGAGACAGCGUGGCCAGGAACGGUUUCGAACAAUUACAACUGCUUACUACCGAGGGGCCAUGGGUAUUUUGCUUGUCUACGAUGUCACUGAUGAGUCAUCUUUCAACAACAUAAGGAACUGGAUCCGAAACAUUGAACAACAUGCUUCUGAUAAUGUGAACAAAAUUCUUGUGGGUAACAAGGCUGACAUGGAUGAAAGCAAAAGGGCUGUGCCUACUUCAAGGGGCCAAGCACUUGCGGAUGAGUAUGGCAUCAAGUUUUUUGAAACUAGUGCAAAGACGAAUCUAAAUGUGGAGCAAGUCUUCUUUUCAAUAGCUAGAGAUAUCAAACAAAGGCUUGCAGAAACUGAUACCAAACCUGAGGAUCGAACAAUUAAGAUCAACAAACCGGACCAGGCGGCUGCUGAGGGCAGUGCACCAGCAAAGUCUGCUUGCUGUGGUUCCUGAGUGAACAAUCGGUGAUGGUGGUGGGGUGGGUGUUAACUUUGUUGGGAACUAAUUAUCUUGUUACAGGUCAAUGUUGUUAUGAAGAUAAUCAUUACAUUGUGAGUGCUUGUAUUUUUAAUCCUUUCAUUCUUUGCAACUACUGGUCUGGUGUGUAAUGUAGUUCUUCCGGUGCUGGGGAACCUAUUGGCUUUAUUUUUUGGCAUGGGACCGCGAACUGUGUUCCUUCUAUUCUAUCUUUCCUACUGAGGCCAUGGCAUUCUUUUA